AUGACGGAACACAGCUCUUCAUCCCAAAGAGCGGGCAGUACGAAUCUUGCGCCAGUACCCAAACCCGCAUCAGCUCCCGCUACCUCCGCCAAGAAAGACUAUAAAGGCUUUGUGGGUGGGAUAUUCUCUGGUAUUGCAAAAUUGAGUGUUGGCCAUCCCUUCGAUACAAUUAAAGUCCGCCUUCAAACCAGCAAAGAUGGCCACUUUCGGGGACCGUUAGAUUGCACCAUGCAGACAAUACGGAAAGAGGGUGUGCGAGGCUUGUACAAGGGUGCAAGUCCACCGCUGGUUGGAUGGAUGGUGAUGGACUCUGUUAUGCUGGGGUCACUGACACUAUACCGACGACUACUCUUGGAAAACGUCUUUUCUAACCCCGGCCUCCGCCCAUACAUCCCUUUUACACGCAGCCAACCUGACUUGAAAACGCUUCCAACAUUUGGACAUGGUAUCGCUGGUGUCAUGUCGGGAAUGACGGUUAGCCUCGUUGCCGCCCCGGUUGAACACAUCAAGGCUCGGCUUCAGGUGCAGUAUGCUGCUGACAAGAGCAAUCGCAUGUAUAGCGGUCCCAUUGACUGCAUUCGCAAGAUUCUUCGCACACAUGGUAUCAGUGGGGUGUACCGUGGUCUGUGUGCUACCAUGUUUUUCCGCUCCUUUUUCUUCUGUUGGUGGGGUUCCUACGACUUGAUUACUCGUUACAUGCAGAAGAACACAAGCCUCUCAGCUCCUGCAAUAAAUUUCUGGGCUGGUGGCAUCUCAGCUCAGGUCUUCUGGGUCGCCGCAUACCCAUCGGACGUGGUGAAACAGCGUCUGAUGACAGAUCCGAUGGGCGGGUCUCUCAAUGACGGACAAAGACGUUUCCACAGCUGGAAAGAUGCGGUUGUGGCUGUUGGGCGUGAACGUGGGUGGAAAGGGUACUGGCGGGGCUUCGUGCCAUGUUUUAUCAGGGCGUUCCCGGCGAAUGCUAUGGCCCUGGUUGCAUUCGAGGGAGCGAUGCGGGCUUUGCCAUGA